AUGUCCUCCAAUGCGACUUCCGCAGUCCCGACCUCACUCCCCUCUGUUCCAUCGCUAGAUAAUACAUUCGGAGCUGGACUGAUUGGUACCUUCCUUGGUCUCAUAUUGUACGGCUUGACGGUACACCAGACACUUACGUACUUCAGAGUGUACACUGCGGACGCCUUCCUGUUGAAGUUCAUGAUAAUGUGCCUCGCACUGCUGGAUGCAGGAAACGCAGUCGUUACCAUGCAUGCUUGCUAUUACUACCUCGUCACCAAUUAUUUCAAUCCAUUGGCCCUCCCCUAUGGUGUUUGCGUCAAUUCUCGCCGCUCCCUCACUGGUUCCGCAAUGGACGAAUCCGACUUCGGCACGUUCGGACUGGGUGCGUCGCAGCAAAACUCGAUGCGCAUCCCAGCCCGUCUUGAGCACUUCCGUGCUCCAAGGUCCGAAGGAGAGGUGAUCGGCAUCUCGAGCUGGAAAGCACCUGCUGAUGCCGAGGUCAAGCAUGCAACGCAGAGUCAGGAUGGGGACGAUGUCAUUGACCGGGAGGAUGUGUAA